AACACGAAGAAGAAUUGUGAAGCUAGCUAGCUUAAUUCACAGACCUGUAUCCAGCCUCUUGCUAAUGAGGAUUAAACAAACCUGAAAUUUACAGCUUUUUAAAUUUUAUUUUGGUGGCUAGUGGUAAUAAUAAAAUUAUAAAUUUUAUAGAAACCCCUCCCCGCCCGUCAGAAUGCUGGUCGGGCUUGAAUUUGUGGGAUUAUCCUCCUGAAUUAUCUGACAAGGGCCUCGAAUCCUCGGCGUUUGGGUGAACGGUUACCCGUGACCUGAGACGCACUUAGCCGGGGACCAGCUGGACACAAAUUUAGUCUUUAAUACCAGCCUUUUGCUAUCAUGUCGCACAAUGGACCCCCUCCACGGUGGCGCAACUGUCCCAGGAGAGGUCAGCCUGUGGCAGGUAAAUUCCUUCCUAUGAAAACAAUGUUGGGUCCCAGAUACGACGAGCAAGUGGCAGAGGAGAACAGGUUUCAUCCGAGCAUGCUGUCCAACUAUUUAAAAAGUCUCAAUGUGAAAAUGGGUUUGCUUGUGGAUUUGACCAACACCACCCGCUUUUAUGACCGCAAUGACAUCGAAAAAGAAGGGAUCGCUUAUGUGAAGCUUCAGUGUAAAGGCCAUGGGGAGUGUCCUUCAACAGAGACAACUGCUAAUUUCAUGAGGCUCUGUGAGCAAUUCAUAGAGAAGAAUCCCACAGAUAUCAUAGGUGUUCACUGCACGCAUGGCUUCAAUCGAACAGGCUUCCUGAUCUGUGCCUACCUGGUGGAGAAGAUGGACUGGAGCGUGGAGGCAGCUGUAGCUGCUUUCGCCCAGGCACGGGCCCCUGGGAUCUAUAAGGGGGACUACCUCAAAGAGCUUUUCUGUCGCUAUGGUGAUGUGGAGGACACACCCCCUGCACCUGAACUGCCCGAGUGGUGCUUUGACGACGGCGACGAGGACGAAGGGGACGAUGACGGUAACACGGUCGGUCAGGAGUCUGGCCCCAGCUCCUCGGGGUCGGCCCCUGGGAAAAGAAAGAAAGAGAAGCUAAAGCUGGGUGCAGUGUUUCUCGAAGGCAUCACAGUGAAAGGGGUCACACAGAUCACCUCCGAACCCAAGUUAGGAAAGAUCCAGAGAAUGUGUCAGGAGAUGGCCGAGUGGGACAAGUCUGGAUUUCCCGGUGCGCAGCCCGUGUCCAUGGACAGACAAAAUCUUCGUUUUCUCGAGCAGAAUCCUUAUAAAGUCAGCUGGAAGGCCGAUGGUACACGGUACAUGAUGCUGAUCAAUGGGAAAAGUGAAGUGUACAUGAUCGACAGAGACAACGCCGUCUUCCACAUAGCAAACCUAGAGUUUCCUUUCCGGAAAGAUCCACGUGUUCAUUUAUCAAACACUCUACUUGAUGGGGAGAUGAUCAUCGACAAGGUGAAUGGUCAGCCGGUCCCUCGGUACUUGAUAUAUGACAUCAUCAAAUUCAACGGGCAGCCCGUUGGCCAGUGUGAUUUCAAUAUCCGACUGUUGUGCAUAGAAAAGGAAAUAAUUUCCCCUCGGAUGGAAAAGAUGAAGACAGGACAGAUCGACAAAACCAAGGAGCCUUUCAGUGUCCGAAAUAAACCCUUCUUUGACAUUCAUGCAUCACGUAAGCUCCUGGAAGGCAGCUUCACAUCCCAAGUGAGUCACGAAGUCGAUGGACUUAUCUUCCAGCCGUGUGGGAGGUACAAGGCUGGGAGGUGUGAUGACAUCCUCAAGUGGAAGCCCCCCAACCUCAACUCUGUAGACUUUCGCCUCAAGAUCACCAAAGUCGGUGGAGAAGGGUUGCUAACACAGACUGUCGGCUUGCUCUACGUUGGCAACUAUGACAGGCCCUUUGCAAACAUGAGGGCUACCAAAGAGCUGAAACAGUACGACAACAAGAUCAUCGAGUGCUCCUUUGCUAAUAACAGCUGGGUGUUUAUGAGGCAACGGGCGGACAAAAGCUUCCCCAACUCCUACACCACAGCCAUGGCUGUGUGUAAAAGCAUCCAGGAGCCCGUCACGAAGGAAAUCCUUUUGGAGUUUCUGGAUCGCUGUGCUCAGGGAGCUAACGCACAGAACAAGAAACGCCCACCUGACCCAGACGCUCAGCUGAUGCCCCCUCCCCCUCCCAAAAGACCCAACUGGGCUGUGCAGUAGCUCAGCUGGGACCGCUGGACUGUCCCAUGGACAUACUAAACACCCGGCUCACCAUCUACAAACAGAACAAACAUGUCCGCUCUUCUUACUGCACCACCUUCGCUUCCUCAGCCUGAUCAUGUAAAAACCAGAGAGACGCGACGGCCUCAGUGUGAUUCACUCUUAGAUCUCUUUGUAGCUUUAAUUGCUUGUGCUCUUAUUAAAACACUGAACAUGAUGCUUAGGUUAUUUUCUGAUUGGUUUUUUUUCCUAUUUAUUGUUUUUAAGUCUGAGCUGAUUAGUAUUCAUCAAGAAAGGACUGUUAUGGCAACGAGUGACAGCUUUGUUUACAUUUUGUCGAUUUUAGUUUACUCUGAAAGAGAAGUAAACAUCAUCAAAGUUCAA